CGCUCAGGGGAUUCCGUCUUCGUACUUAGGCGUCUGUGCGUACGUCUACAAGUCGUGCGAGUGCCGCCGCCGUGUGUAGCCGACGACGACGCACAAUAUCAUUAGUAUAAUAUAGUAACAACCACGCGACACAAUAAUGAUGAAGUGUAUAAUAUAAUAUAUAGGUACCUAUUAUUUUUAUUCUAUAUAUUAUCAUACGAAUUGACGCUGGCGGAUUCGCUUCGGUUCGGUUUAACGCGCGCGGUCGGUAUCCAUUCGUCUUUUCAUCGCCGCCGUUAACCCGGCGACGAGUCGUCUAUACAUCAUUAUAAUUUAUAAUAUUAUAGGUACCAGAAUAAUUGUUGUAUUUCUCAUUCGGGGCGUAAGUGCUCAUUAUUUGGUGUUUCGCGCACCAGAACCGGUUUCCGAGUAAAACAAAAAAAAAGCACAACCCUCGAAACGCGGAUUUCUCCCCGCCGCAUUACCGCCCGACCGGAAAAAAAGUAUCUGGCGGAGGAAGGACAAGAAGAAGCGGCACUGUGCCGCCGGCCGGAGGAGGAAGACGACGACGACGACGACGACCAUUGGGGCAGCGCCAACAGUAUCGCUGGUGCCGUGACCUGCACUUCCAGCACCGUCGUCAUCAAGAACGACAAUAACGACGACGACAGCAACAGCAGCAGCACAGCGGUGACAACCAUGAUGUCGGCCGCGAGUGCGGUCGGCGGCGGCCGUCUGAUGGUCGUCGUCGACGUGAACGGCGCCGACAGCGACAGCUGACAGCCUGGACGACUGCGACCGUUGCGGGAAUGCGGCGGUGCUUACGGAUGGGGUGUCCCGCCGGCCCGGUACGCCAUGCUUGACGUGUUCCGGGGCCUGAAGAGCCUGGUGAAAAUCAGCCACGUGCACAUCGACUCGCCCGUGUUCCGGCUCCACUACAGCCUGACCGUGAUGCUGUUGUCCGCGUUCAGCCUGAUCGUCACCACCAGGCAGUACGUCGGCAACCCGAUCGACUGCGUGCACACCAAGGACAUACCCGAAGACGUGCUCAAUACGUACUGUUGGAUACACUCGACGUACACCAUCAAAGAGGCGUUCAAGAAGAAGGUGGGCGUCAGCGUCCCGUACCCGGGUGUGGACAACACCCGCGGCAAGGUGGACGACCGCAAGACGUACGGCUACUACCAGUGGGUGUGCUUCUGCCUUUUUUUCCAGGCGAUAUUGUUCUACACGCCAAGAUGGCUGUGGAAACACUGGGAAGGCGGUAAAAUCCGGGCGCUGAUGAUGGACUUGGACGUUGCCAUUUGUACGGAUGCUGAGAAGAAGCAGAAGAAAAAGAUUCUGCUCGAUUACCUGUGGGAGAACCUGCGAUACCAUAACUGGUGGACCUACAGGUACUACUUAUGUGAAACGAUGGCACUCCUGAACGUUGUGGGUCAAAUGUUUAUGAUGAACCGCUUUUUUGAUGGGGCGUUUUUGACGUUUGGCAUAGACGUGAUUCGGUUUCUGGAAAGCGACCAGGAAGACCGUGUGGACCCGAUGAUAUUUAUAUUUCCUAGGAUGACCAAAUGCAUUUUCCACAAAUUCGGCGUAUCCGGCGAGGUGGAAACGCAUGACUCAAUAUGCAUAUUGCCACUAAACGCCGUCAAUGAAAAGAUCUACGUCUUUCUGUGGUUUUGGUUCAUGAUCCUCGGCGUCUUGUCGGCGGCUGUGAUUGUUUACAGGUUCAUCAUAAUAGUGUCUCCGCGAAUGCGCGUGUACCUUUUCUGCAUACGAUUCCGGUUGAUCAAACGGCAGGCCAUCGGAAACAUCGUGCGCCGAUCGAAGCUGGGCGAUUGGAUGCUGCUGUAUGUUCUCGGCGACAACGUUGAUUCAGUCGUGUUCCGAGACAUCGUGCAUGAUUUGUCGCACCGACUGGAAGCGUACCACAACAAAAACUCGACGGUCAGGACGGUGGACGCGUGACGGCGGCGGUGACAGCCAGUCAACAGUAUAUUGUGCUCAAAUCGAUAACGAAUAAACGUAAUAUUUGUUACAGGGUAAACGACGACCGACUUGCACGCGACUAUAUUACACGACGACUGUUAAUGGAUCUCGUCUGCAACGGUUACGCAAGAGAAGACUAUAAUAUUUUAAUGUAUAGGACGAAGCAGCUGCCAUAUCAAUUGUCUCAGAAAAUAAAGGUCGUCAGACAUCGGAACUAACGAACGCGCUUACUAUGGACUCGUGAAUUGUCGCCCAAACGAAUUGUUAAAAUAUAUUAUAUAAUAUACCUAUAAAUUUGUAAUUUUUUGGUUUUAGAGUUUAUGUUGUUGAGAAAAAAAAUGAAAAACAACGAUCUAUCGACAAAAAGACUUUUUUUUUUUGAUAAAUCUUCCAAAAUGGCUCAUAGCUUAUAGUAUGUAAUUAUAAUUAUUAAUAUUAUUCAAGCCGAUGUAGUAAUUAUAUGUAUCCCAAUCAAGUAUGAAUAAUUAAGAUUGUAACUACUAAGAGAUUUUAUUCUAUAAUAUAUUAAAUAUUAUUCUAAAACAAGACAAUAGCAACUAUUCAUUUAAAAUGUCUAAACAUGUUAUAAUAAGUAAAAUAUAUUAUACUUAAAUAAUUAUUGAUGUUCAUUUUGGUUGUGUUAAAGAAUAGUUUUUUUAUAUUUUAAAAAUUUACUUGUUUAUACUUAGGUAUUUAUGUACCUAUACGUAUGUGUAGAUUUUUUAAACUAGAAAAAAUAUUGGUUAAUAUUGGUAUUUCAAACUUGAAAUUUGAAUUUUGAAGAUUUAAAAAAAAAUAAUACCUUUCGACUGUAAAAUUGAAAUACUCAUUUAUAUUAUAUAUGUAUUAUUCUAAAAUAAAAACUUAAUUUAUACAUUUAUUUUGGUCAUAAAAGUAAAAAAUAUACAUACUUAUGUAUCUGUUUGUACCUAUUUUAUUUUAAGUUAUUUAGAUUCAAAUUUUCAUUAAUUGUAUAUGAUUUUAAAUAAAAGAUUAUUCAAGUACUUCAAAAAGAACCUAUACAACUCAAAACACUUACUAAAAAUAUUGUUUUCGAGUUAUCUAGGUAUUAAAAAAUUGAAUAAAAGUGUUCUUGCUUUUUAAUUUUAAUAUAUUGAAAUUUUGAUGACAGAUAGUUAUGGUUCGAUCAUUGAAAACGUUUGUAAAUUACAUCGCAUCGAAACCUUAUAUUAAUUGAAUUGUUUUAACUUUUAAUAA